GAUUAACCGUCUGGCAGCUGCCGGAGUUGCAUGGCUAGUCUGUUAGGGGGGCCGGCCGGAGACCGAAGCCUACGCCCGGCAGUGUGUCCGAUACCACCUAGUGACAGAAACGCAUUGAUCGUCCAUGGCAUGGGUUGGUAUCGUAUAUCCGUCCGCCUUCCUAACAAGGCAUGUGGGAAAAAGGAGAGAAAAAAGGUUCCCUCCGCACCGACAAUGCAUUGAUGGAUUAAGGUUGCCAGGUAAGCAUGGCGGACAUGGCGCCGCAUUGCGCAUGGCGUGAAUGCGGGGGUGGAGACUGGACGAGAUGCAGUUGUCGCCGCCAUUUCUGUGUUGUUCUGAAACGCCAUAUUAAAUCCGGCCCCUCAACCAUUUGUUUUAUCGGCUCAAGCGGAUAUUUAGCAUUUGCCGGAUGAUAUGCCUCCCAACGAGCUAUUGUUCCUUUCAUUUUCAUUACCAAACAGACUGCAGCUGAGCAAGAUGCCAAGAAACUAAGCUAGCAUGCAGCACAGGGGCAGGAUAGAGAAACCUUAUCCGGGUUUGCAGACAUGCUUGCACGAUACAGAAAGAUGUCUAUAUAAGGCCGCUCUGAUCCUGCCCAUCGAGCAUUGAAAAGAAGCUCUCCAGACUCAUCCCAACGAGCCCCAAGAAACACACACAGCCUCUCUCCAACUCUUCCAUCCUUCUUCUAUACCUUCAUCAUGGAGCUUACUAAAUUUGUUGCCUUCCUCGCCGCCGUGCUCCCUGUUGCCUACGGUGCGCCCGCCCAGGCCGCCAGCAACCUGCACCCCGAGAUCCUCGCCGCCAUGAAGCGCGACCUUGGCCUCAACGCCGAGCAGGCCACUGCCCGCGUUGCCCGUGACCUCCAGGCCACCAACAUCAUCGACCAGGUCCGCGGCUCUGUUGGCCAGUCCUUUGCCGGUGCCUGGAUCGACGGCGACAACGUCUUUGUCGGUGUCACCGACCACGCCCUCAAGGACGGUGUUGCUGCUGCCGGCGCCACCCCCGUCGUCAUGAACAACAGCCUCGACAAGCUCAACGGGGCCAAGUCUGCUCUUGACGGCAUCUUUGUCAAGAAGGGCAACGCCGCCCGUGCUGUCAGCGACAACGCCAGCAUCGCCUCCUACUUUGUCGAUGUCACCUCCAACAAGCUCAUCAUUGAGGCCCUUGCCGACGGCCAUGCCCGCGCCCAGGAGCUCGCUUCCCAGGCUGGCCUUGCUGCUGGCGAGUACGAGGUCCACACCGUCGAUGCCCUCCCCAAGCCCCUUGCUACCGUCCGCGGCGGUGAUGCCUACUGGAUCAACAACCAGUUUGUCUGCUCCGUCGGCUUCUCUGUCAACGGUGGUUUCGUCUCCGCUGGCCACUGCGGUGCCCAGGGUGCCUCUGUCACCGUCCCCAACGGCCCUGCUCUGGGCACGUUUGCCGGCUCUACCUUCCCCGGCGAUGCUGAUAUGAGCUACAUCAAGACCGUCAGCGGUACCACUCUCAAGGGCACCAUCAACGGCUACGGCUCCAGCGAUCUGCCCGUCUCUGGCAGCACUGAGGCCGCCAUUGGCGCCAGCAUCUGCCGCUCUGGCCAGACCACUGGUGUCCACUGUGGCAAGGUCAGCUCCAAGAAUGCCACUGUCAACUACGGUGCCGACGGCUCCGUCACUGGCCUCACCAAGACCACUGUUUGCGCUGAGCACGGUGACUCUGGCGGUUCUUUCUACUCUGGUGCCCAGGCCCAGGGUGUCACCUCUGGUGGCUCUGGUGACUGCACCAGCGGCGGUACCACCUACUUCCAGCCGGUCAACGAGAUUCUCUCUGCUUACGGCCUUACUCUUGUCAAGUCCUAA